ACAGAAUGAGACACUGCUGGCCAGAAAAUGGGGGACACGCUGGAGAAAAGCUCUGAGGAGCCCAAGCUCUCUGUGGACAAUGAAUGUUCACGGAAAAUGGAGGACCUGGUGGAAGUCUCGAGUGGUGAAAAGGUCAAGUUUGAUGAUACAGGACUCUCCCUGGUGCUCCAGAAUGGCUUGGAGAACCUUCGGCUAGAAAAUUCCCUUACAGACGUUAUCCUGUGCGUGGAAAGCAGGGAGUUCUCCUGUCACCGAGUGGUCCUGGCAGCGGCAAGCAAUUAUUUCAGGGCCAUGUUCUGCAAUGAUUUAAGAGAGAAAUAUGAAGAGAAGAUCAUACUCAAAGGAGUUGAUGCAGAAACCAUGAAUAUUCUCUUGGACUAUACCUACACCAGCAAGAUGCUGAUCACAAAGCAAAAUGUUCAGAAGGUCUUGGAAGCUGCCAGCCUCUUUCAGUUCCUGCGCAUGGUAGAUGCUUGUGCCAGUUUUCUCACUGAAGCCCUCCAACCGGAGAACUGCGUUGGCAUCCUGAGGCUGGCUGAUGCCCACUCCCUGCAUAGCCUGAAACAGCAAGUGCAGAACUACAUUAUCCAGAACUUUACCCAAGUCCUGAAUUACGAGGAAUUCCUGGAGCUUCCAGCCGACAUUCUCUGCAGCACACUGAAGAGCGAUGACCUCUAUGUCACCGAGGAGGCACAGGUUUUUGAAACUGUAAUGAACUGGGUACGUUACAAGGAGUCAGAAAGGUUUCCUCUCCUGCCACAUGUGUUGGAGAAUGUCCGGCUGCCUCUCUUGGACCCUUGGUAUUUUGUAGAGACCGUUGAAGCUGAUCAGCUCAUUAGACAGUGUCCAGAUGUCUUUCCUUUGCUCCAGGAAGCAAGAAUGUAUCAUCUGUCAGGCAAUGAGAUUAUUACAGAGCGAACCAAGCCCAGGAUGCACGAGUUCCAGUCUGAGGUGUUUAUGAUCAUAGGGGGCUGUACAAAAGAUGAGAAGUUUGUAGCAGAAGUGACUUGCCUGGAUCCUUUGAGGCGAAGCCGCCUGGAAGUAGCAAAAUUACCGAUCACAGAACAGGAGACAGAGAACGAGAAUAAAAAAUGGGUGGAGUUUGCAUGCAUUACGCUAAAAAAUGAAGUCUACAUAUCAGGUGGCAAAGAAACACAGAAUGAUGUCUGGAAGUACAACGCCUCCAUCAACAAAUGGAUACAAAUUGAAUAUCUAAAUAUCGGGCGAUGGAGGCACAAAAUGGCUGUGCUGGGUGGCAAAGUAUAUGUCAUUGGAGGUUUUGAUGGCCUGCAGAGAAUCAACAGCAUGGAAGCAUACGAUCCCUUUCAUAACUGCUGGUCAGAGGCUGCUCCUCUCAUGGUCAACGUAAGCUCCUUUGCAGCAGCGAGUUACAAGAAGAAACUCUACGUGAUUGGGGGAGGACCCAAUGGGAAGCUGGCAACGGACAAGACACAGUGUUACGACCCUGCUACCAACACGUGGAGCCUGAAAGCUGCCAUGCCGGUGGAGGCCAAAUGCAUCAAUGCUGCAAGUUUCCGUGACCACAUUUAUGUUGUGGGUGGGGCAAUGAAAGCACUCUACUCUUACAGUCCCCAUGAAGAUACCUGGUGCCUCGUGACUCAGUUCACCCACGAGAGAGCCAGCUGUGGGAUCUCCCCAUGCAACAACAAGCUGUUUAUCACUGGGGGCCGAGAUGAAAAGAAUGAAGUUAUUGCAACAGUGCUGUGCUGGGACCCUGAAACUCAGAAGCUGACAGAAGAGUGCGUCCUGCCUCGGGGGGUGUCUCACCAUGGGAGUGUUACCCUCAGGAAGUCGUACACACACAUCCGCAGGAUUGUGCCUGGGGCAGUUUCUGUCUGACUAGAGAAAAACAGCGACGAAAUAUAAUACCUCAGUGCCCCUGUGGCACGGACUGCAACGAUGACGUUUUCUACAGGCAGGUAGCAAUGGAAAUACUGUCUCGAGGGUCCUCUGCAGAGUAUCUGUAUAUAUGCUCAGCCCUUGCAUUCCCUCUGUACAGUAUAUCCUUAAAUUAUCUUAAUCCCUUCCUUCUACAGAAAAACAAAUGGACCAGCUGUAGCUUACUCUUGCCAGUGCAACACCUCCAAUCAGAUAAAGAAAUGCGUUGUGUGAAAUUCACUUCCCAACUAGUUCUGCCUUGCAAUAUGCUUGACCUGGCCCAGCCUGGCCCUGAAGUUUGCUCGCCUAUUUAUUGUGAUUUGUUGGAUUUGCAGCACCUACUAGUGAAAAAGAGAGAUGCUUUUUUGGAAGGAAAAAGAUUUAACUAUGGUGAAGUGUAACAUCGUUUCCUCCAAAGCUGCGCUUUUUUUUCCAAUGGUUGGUGCAUUAGUUAAAGUUAAAACCGUUGUGUUUGUUUGUUUUAAAACAGUUGUUAGUUCUUCAGCUCUGUGUGACCAGAAAGCCCAGUUUGCAAACCUUGCCAUCAUUCCCAAGAGAGAGACUGAACUGGCUGCAGAUGUGGACAGAUGCUAAUCUCAUUCGACUGGACAGUGAUUCUAGCUGUUUGCUAAUAAAGAAGGACAAAAUCUA